UUAAGAAUUUUAGAUAGGUGCCUAUGUUUAUGUUGUUGAAAAUAUUUUAGUUUUAGUUCAGUUAUCGUUAAGAGCGAAUGCAUUUUGGUUACUGCAUGAAAUAUUGUUCCAGGUUGGAUUAUGCCGCAUUUUUCAAUGAAAACCACGUGAGUACAAAUUAUUACAUUUUGAAAAAAAAAAAUAAAUCUACUUAUUCGUUAUAAGAUAAUGGCUCCGAACGCAUCAUUUUUUAAUUUCAACCUCAAUAAUCAUGCCCUUCUCAUCCGGAAAAAUAUUUGUCAACAGUUUAUGUAUAAUAAUAAUUAUACUUCAACAUUGUUGAAAAACCGUUUAAAAUUGAUUAGAAGCAAUUUUUCUGAAGUCAACAGUCAUUAUUUAAAGGAAAACCUCAUUGAAUCUGUUAAUAAAUUUUCAUCCUCUAAAGUUAUUGGGAGAGAUAAUAAUGAAAGUGAAUGGUUUUGUGAAUUUCGUUCCAAUACAUCUUCGCGAUUGGAGUUAAUACGGAAGACAAUGGUACAACAGUCAAUUAAAGAAAUAAUUAGAAUGUGGCAGAAAAAAAAGGAUGAAAUGUUACAAAAUAAAAAAAAUGACAUUUCGCCCAAACCAAAAUUUCAACAUGAAGAAAUUAUUGUUAAAAAAGAAAAUUACCAACUGUUUUUGGAUCAAAUCAAAAAUCAAACAAACAUUCAACAAACAAUUGUAUUUAAUUCCCAACAGCGUAAUAGAGAAAUAUGUUUUAAAGGCGCCCUGACCAAAGCAGUUUUAAUUGUAAAUAACAUCAAUAAUUAUUUAAACAACCAACAGUUAAUAAUAAAUAUUGACAAACAAAUUAAUGAUUACCAAUUGAUGAAAUCACAAUUAGAUAUUUUAAAAAAUGUAAAAGUUGUUGAAGAAGUUUCCUUAAUUGCUGUAGAAAAAUUAUUGAAAGAUCUUAUAUUAUAUAAAAAUGAUGUAAUGAUCCCAAUUCAAGCAAAACUAGAAACAAUUAAGGCAAACACCAAAUUAAAAAAAAAUCCAUUAAACAUUUUUUCUGUCAAUAUUCCCAAUGAAAAAAAUAUAAGACCUAUUAAGCGGCAAUACGGUUCUUUGGUUAAAAACAAUAGGGCGUUAAUUAAAAACUUAAAUAAAAUAAAAAAUGUACCAUUUAUAAAUGAUCCUACUAAAAAAUUAUUUAGGCAAAAUUUAAUCAAAGUUAUUACUACACUUGUGAAUACUAUAUCAUCUACUAAUGCAGUUCAUUUAAAUGACAAAUUUAAUAAAUUAAAUGAUUUGUUAAGUGGAAAACUGGUUUAUGUAGGAAAUACACAAGUUAUGAUUGGUAAUAAUCAGGAAGUGUUGGCAUUUUGUUUGGAAACUUUAGCUACAAAAAUUAUCAGUUAUGCAGAAGAAGUAAUAUGUGUCAAAACUGAAGCAGCUUUUGCAAUCUCAGCAGUUAUAAUAAAACUUUGGAAAGUGCAUCACCAAUUCGGAAACAUACUUGUUGCAGAGAUAAAACAAAAAUGCCCUUUAUUAGUUCCAUUUUGUUAUCCUAUAGCAAAAAAUUUAACUGUUCAACAAAUAGACCAUUACUCAUUUGGUUACAAAUUUGAUUCAUUGGGAAAUAUUGAAUCUCAUGAUAAAUACCUAAAGCGUAUGACAGGUAUUCUACGUCUUUAUGCAGUCCUUAUACUUACUUCAUCAAUAUAUGAUCAAUCAGUUAUAGCCCUAAGUCAAGCAUGGAUUUUUCUGGCUGGUACAUUGAAUCAAAACCCAAUGCCAGACAUCACCGCUACCAUGUUAGUUGAAUUCCUAAGUAUUGUUAGUUUUGCAAUGCAUCAGAAGUAUGGAAAACAAUUCAUUAAAUUGUUAAAAUAUAUUAAUUCAUUAUAUUUGAAAAAAAUUAUUCUUAUUACACCUGCUGGACAUGGUGGACCUAUUACUCGUUUAAAUAGUUUUUUAUCAAAAAGUCUAUUUACUGAAUCAUUUGAAAAACCUAAGGGUAUGUUAUCUUCUGAAUUUUUGUAAUAUUUUUUUGUUACCUACAUUUUACUACAUUGUCUGGCACCAUAUUAGUUUAUUUUAUUUAUAAUAAUACUGCUUAUUACAACAGUAAGUAAUGUUACACAAAUGCAAAAAAAAAACGAGAAAAAAUUUAAAAAAAAAAUUAAAGGGCAGGGAAUAAAUUAUUUAUUGUUGAUCAAAGAAUGCUUAUUUAUUGAGAAAAUUAUUUAUUAUUAUGUAUAUUGCUUUAUUGUUAACAGCUUAUACUAUC